AUGUCCGACGAAUAUAGGCUUGAGUGUGGUGUCAGGCAAGGGGGGUUGUCGUCGCCUAUUCUGUUCAACCUUUAUGUAAACCAGUUGAUCGAGGAACUCAGCAGCAUGCAUGUAGGAUGUCAUAUUGACGGUGUCAGUAUCAAUAAUAUUAGCUAUGCUGAUGACAUGGUGCUGCUGGGACCCUCCAUCAACGCAAUUAGGCAACUGGUUAACAAAUGUGAGAAUUAUGCCGAACAACAUGGCUUGAGGUACAACUCUAAAAAGAGUGAAGUUAUGAUAUUUAAAUCGAAUAAAUAUAACCCGACAGUUGUGCCUCCGGUAAUGUUGGGCGGCGUUCCACUAAAGGUAGCGGACCAGUUUAAAUAUCUAGGGCACAUAGUCACGCCGGACUUGCGAGACGAUGCGGAUAUAGAGAGGGAGAGGAGGGCCUUGUCUGUGCGAGGUAACAUGAUUGCCCGCAGGUUCGCUCGGUGUACGAAGGAAGUAAAAAUCACAUUAUUUAAGGCUUAUUGCCAAACCUUCUACACCAGCAGCCUGUGGGUGAGUCAUACGCAGCGCACAUACAAUACGCUCAGGGUUCUAUAUAAUAACAUAUUCAGGAUGCUGAUGAAGCUGCCGCGACGUUCCAGUGCGUCGGCUAUGUUCGCAGAGGCGCGCACUGAUGGCUUUCACGCCGUCAGAAGGAAGAGAGUAGCGUCACUGCUGAACAGAGUACGCGGCAGCUCCAACACCAUCCUGAGCAUGUUCGCUGAGCGCUUGAACUGCCCCAUGACAAAACACUGGGUAGAAAUCAUCACUGGCCAAACAAAGUGA